AUGAAUAUCUCGGCAUUGCUAUACUUCUGGAAUGUCCUCUGGGCCACCCCGGAAAUUGUCAUCUCAAGGGCUACCAGAUCCCCUGGUAUCUCCAGGUUCGAAGUACAUUCCUUACCGGAUAGUCCUGCGUUGCCAACCAGCUGGGCUGGUCGACUUCCGGUUCCGGGCAGAGCGGAUGGGAAUGAGAUCUUCUUCUGGCUGUUUCAAGCAGAGCAAGCAGCAUACAAUGAUAACCUUAUCAUUUGGUUUAAUGGCGGCCCUGGUUGUUCAUCGUUAAUAGGGCUAACGACCGGCAACGGCCCCAUCUUGUUCGAUGGCAAUUCAACCAAUUUGGUUCGCAAUCCAAACUCGUGGACUAAACUCGGAAACGUCUUGUAUGUCGAUCAACCGGUCGGUACAGGUUUCUCAACAGCCAGUUUCCCCUACCCAGUCACAGAUAAUGACCGAGUAACGGCCGAUUUUACACGCUGGCUAAAUGCCUUCUUUAUGCACUUCCCGCACCUUGCAUCCAUGCAGAUCCAUCUAAUGGGCGAGUCAUAUGCCGGAAUCUACAUACCAUACUUUGCAUCGGAACUCCUAAAUGGCAAGAACACACUGCGCCUAGACGUGCGUUCAAUGUCUCUGGGCGAUGGCUCCUGGGGCAACGGAGCAGCCAUGUCAUCUGUCGCAAUGGGCCGCUAUCUAAGAUCUCAAGCAUCCAUGCUCAACAUCCCCAAAGACAUCCUCUCAAUCUUCGACGAAGCAGACGAAACCUGCGGAUUCAACGAGGUACUCGCCCAAUCCAUGAUCUACCCACCACAUCGCCGAAUCCACAUCCCAGGGAACCCAGAGUACUUCAACCUGAAACGUCGCCUUCGCAGAGACAUGAUUGACUCUUUAGACUCAGCAUGCAACAUAUUCCCAAAAACCACAGACGAAGUCCGCACCUCAAUCUUCAACUCGACAUGCUACGGCCCCUGCGCAGCCCACUCAACAGCAAUUGACUACAUGCAAACCACGGCAGAUGAAGGCUCCAGGAAACCAGCUUGCUAUGACGUUUAUGAUAUUAGCCAUGACUGUAGCACUGUCUCCCCACUGCCCUUGAUGGCAGAGUACUUCAGCCGCGCUGACGUCCAGUCUGCUCUACACGUUGGCAAUAGUGGCGAUUACGAAGCCUGUAACUCGACCAUUCUGGACACACUCCUCGCGGCAGACUCACCUGUUCCGCCGGAGUACUCCAUUCUCCCGUCUUUGAUUACGAAACAUAAUGUCGCGUUGCAUAUCUAUAAUGGAGAGUGGGAUAUGUUGAUCAACCACAUUGGAACCGAAUUGUCGAUUCAAAAUAUGACGUGGCGGGGUGCGCAGGGAUUCUCGCGGAAAUCGAGUCAGCUGUUCUAUGUUGAUGAAGCGGCGCCUUCUUCGACUGUCGGCCCGACGGCGACGUUGGCUACUACUGCUACGCUCGCGACUGUUGCGGCUACUGCUUCUCCUGCUGGGACGUGGGCUAUAGAGCGUGGCGUUUCUUAUCACUUCUUCCGUGGGGCGGGACAUAGUGUUUUUGUCAACAAGCCGAAAGAGAUGUUUGCGUUUGUACGGGAUGUGGUUGUUGCUCCGAGGGAGCAUUGA